UAAAAAGAAAGGCGAGCUUGUUUGCGUGUUCUUAACUGACGAAUAAAUAUUUGUUCGCUAAAAUAGCAAUUUCAUUUUUUUUUUAUUAAGAUCAUAUGACGUUAUUCAAAUAGAAUCGACAGAUAUUCAACUAUCUUUUGCAUCAGCCUACUAUUAAAGGGUUUGUUCUAUUAGCAUUUACCUAGGUUGGAGCAUAACUGAAGUUCAAAACAGGUCAUGGGGCGCAAAAAGAAGAAGAAGCCUUCAAAACCUUGGUGUUGGUACUGCAAUCGAGAGUUUGAUGAUGAAAAAAUUCUUAUUCAGCACCAAAAGGCUAAACAUUUUAAAUGUCACUUGUGUAAUAGAAAGCUUUAUACUGGACCAGGUUUAGCUAUUCAUUGUAUGCAAGUGCAUAAACAGACUAUAGAUAAUGUUCCCAAUGCUUUACCUACUCGAAAUAAUAUAGAAAUUGAAAUCUAUGGUAUGGAAGGCAUUCCAGCAGCUGAUAUUAGAGAACAUGAAAAACAAAGACAUGGUGGAAGUAAAGUUGAAGAUUCUGAUGAAGAUGAUGAUGAAAACUCUAAUUCAGCAACAGACAACAACAACAAACCAAAACAGACUACUGCACCUGCUAUGCCAACAGUACCUGGCAUGAUGCCUGGUAUUCCAAUGCCUAGCAUGAUGCCAAAUAUGCCUGGAAUGCCAUAUGGACCUCCUAUGCCUGGUCAUCCAGCUAUGGGUCCUAUGAGACCUAUGCCAAUGGACUUGCCAACCACGAGCAUGAAUAAAGGUAUGCCACCUGGUUACAUGCCCCCAGGUGUACCCAUGAUGGGAACAAUGCCACCAACUAAUGUUAUGCCACCUUCAACUAUGUCAACUACUGUUCAAGCCCCACCUAAACCUUUAUUCCCAGCUGCAGUCGCACAAGCUUCUGCAUCAUCACAAAUGCCAGUAGGGACAGACUUUAAACCCUUAAUGACUACUGUACAGCGACCAACAUUUCCAGCUUAUAGUGGAAAUAGUUCACCAAAUAUCUCAAGUCAUCCUUCAUCAACUCAAGGAGCUGCACCUAUCCUUUACAAUACAGAAACUACUUCGAGUCCGCAAGUAAAUAAUGAAUCAAAAAGAUCAGCUACUAUGGUUCCAGCAGAGAACCCUUCUAGUAAAAUAAUGCAUCCUGAUGAAGAUUUAUCUUUGGAGGAAAUUCGAGCUCAACUGCCAAAGUAUCAAAUGUAUCUAAAUGCGCCUAGAAUGCCUAUGCCUAUGAUGGCUGGGAAAAUGCCUAUGCCUGGUGGUAACCCUAUGAUGAUGAAUGGGAUGAUGAGGCCGGGAACUAUGGCAGUACCACCUGGUAUGCCUGGAACAACAAUGACAGGAAUGGGUGUGCCAUAUUCUACACCAAAUGUAUAUUCUCAGGGUCCCCCUGUGCGUCCACCUAUGAUGGGUCAAGGAGGAUCUCGUCCUUAUUAAAUCUUCAUCUCAAAUGCACAAAGAUAAGUUUCUAAUAUGUGUUUAAUUGAAAACGGGAUGUGGGAGGGAGAAACAACUAUUCUAAAGAAUUUGUAUUCCUGUGGAACUAUCUUUACCGGCUUUUUGGAAUACUUCAAAUAAAGAGACUUCUUGACAUUGUAAAAUAUGACUUGUAUAAAAUUUUCUGAAGAAAGUAAUAAUUGGAAUUUUGACAAUAAUGUUUUGACUGUUACUCUUAAAAAACAAAACAAAAAAAAACUUUAUUUCGGUUUUCUUAUAUUUCCAUUUUAGUGUGCAUCAAAUAUGUGUUGUGGAUUUUUUUGUUAAUGCAAAUAUUUUUUACUUGAACUUUUAUGUUAUGAACUUCAUUCUUGUGGUUGGUUGUGUAGUUCUUAUAUUCUACAACACAUAAUAAAUACUUAUUUGUAUUUAAUAUGCUUAAAGAUUCUGUUUUAAUAGCACUAUCUUAAAUAUUUUAUCUUAUUAAAUGCACAUUUAUUAUUCUUAAUAUUAUAAAUCAUCAGGCUUUUUAAUUUAAUUGCAUUCCAAUUACUUGAAAUUAUAAUUACUUGAUUUUAACAUACAAUGUUCUUUAGACAGAUCUAUUUUGAUAAAUUUGUUAUUCUGUAAAUAAGUCUUUCAGAUUAAAUGUUAGUAUUCCAGUUUUUAGGCACUGGUAAAUUCUUCAGUUAUUGUAUGAUAAGGAAAAUAAAUAGAUUUUUUCCCCUUAAUCUUUAUGUAGAUUCUGUCAAUUUUGUUGAAGUCACUAUGAAAUUAAAUAAGUGAAAAAAAAAAGUUUAUUGAUUCAAAUAUCUUAUCUGUUUACUUGAAAUUAAUUUUGCUGCACCCAAGAUUUUUGCAUGCAUUUUGCAACCACUUCAGGUGAAUAUUAGUUUAAAUAUUUUGCAUCACAGUUUAUAAAGAUUUUCAAUUCUUUGUAUGCAAGAAAUGGAAAUCCUCCUACCCCUCUUUAUUAUUCUUCAAAUUAUCAAUCAUUUAUUGAUACCAUAAUCUUAAGUAUAUUUUUUACUUUUCUAAAAUUUCAUAGUGACUUCAGAAUUACUUCAUAAGAAGAAAGUUGUUUAAAUCUGUAGAUAAAUUUCUAACUGAUUGUUUUAAAAAUUUACACAGUUGUCAUUUCCUACUUGACUGUACAUGAGGAAUAUUCGAACGAUUGGACGAAGUUAACAUCUACAGCAAUCUGAUUAACCAGUGAGUAGGUUAUUUGCAUCUUAGUGCCUUUUAUUGUCCCACAUUUCACAGCAUAAAAUGCUGUUGGACAUUUUUGUCCCCAACCUCAUUAGGAGGUUUGGCGAAGUGUGUGGAAAGAUAUUUUGUGCACAUUUUGUUAAAGAUGGAAAUUAUUUGCUGUAUUCUUGGAUAAUUUUAACUAUUAAAUUUGCCAGUUUUUCAAAUUAGUAACUAUUUUUUUAAAUAAAAUAACACUUGAGAUUAUUUAUCAGAUAAAAAUUUUACCUAGUAUUAAGUUCUCAGUCCUAUUAUUUGAUGCAGUUAUUUAUUUUGUAAGCAUACAUUAUAUAAAAAGCAAUUUUCAUUGCAGUUGUGCAAAGCAGGCACCAAAUAGGAUUUAAUUUCAAACAUUAAUUUUUCAUUAAAGAAUAAAUUUAUUUAGUUAAAACAUUUAUUCUUUUAAAUUUUAUAGAAGCAUCUAAUUUUUCCUAUUUUGUUCUUACUAUAUUAUGGUUACUUAAAAGAAAGGCAAUCAUAGCAAAGCAUUUGAGUUUUUUUAGAUUGGACUGAAUUUUAAUUUCCAUGGCAUUGUUGGAAGUUUUGUCCUGUGGAAAAUUUUGUCUUCCAUUGAAGGAAGUAAUUAUUUCUGCUACAAAAAAAUGAAUUGAGAAUGUAGAUAGCACUUAAUUUCUAGUUAUAUAACAUCAAAAUUUUCUAAGUAACUAGUUGAUUGAUUUCAUUUCAGCAUUUGUGCUAGCUGGUUAUCCAAAAAGUCUAGUUAUCAAGUUAUAAUUGUGAAAUUGAAUAUAUAAAUUAAUGGCAAAUCAUUAAUCUAUGCAAUAAGACUUUGUAUUAUAAAUUUAAUACAAUUUAGUCAUUAACUACUAUAAAAUGGUAAAAGUGUUCUUAUCGUUAUUUUAUAUCAUAUAGUAUUCUUUAUCUAUAUUUGAUAUUAAAUAUGUAUAUUUUUAUUACACCUGACAAACCGGAUUAACUUGAAAGUAAUUGGUUUUUAUUAAAAACCAAAAAUGUUUGAAUUUUUUUAUCCUGUGGAAAAUUUUGUCUCCCGCUGAUGGAAGUAAUUUAUUAUUGCUGUUUUAAAAAAAUGAAUUGUGACUACAAAUAGCUCUUAAUUUCUGAUUAACUAAUGAAGAUUAAUUUUUAAAUAACAUGUUUAUUGAUGAAGAUAAUUAUUUUAAUAUUGCAUACAUUGGAGUUUUUUUUUUAACGGUGGCUUGCAUGGAAAAUUUCAUAGUACCACUGAUUAAAACCUUGCUAAAUGAAUAUGCACCUAACUUUAUCAAAGCACCAGGAUUCAAUAAUAGCAUAAAUGUCUCGUUUUUGUUAUUGUUGUGGCUUAGCAGAUCUGUUUCAGUUCUAAAUUGUUGAAUGGGUUAGGAAUUCGAUCAUUCUUUUCCUUGAGUCUUAUUUAAUAAUUUAGUAGAGGAAGCAAAUUCUACGGACAAGGAUAAUUUUAUUCACUUCGUGUACGUUGCGUACAAUCAUGGUUAUACCCACAUUAGUAUUGUGUAAAAUUUAGCAAGUGAUUUGGGAUCUGAAGUGUCAUCUUUGCUAUCUGAAUGUUAUUUGAAAAUUUGAUGGAAUUUUAAGCAGUCAAAUCUUGAUAUUUAUUUGACAGCCACUUAUAUGUGAAGAAAUCCUAAAAUUAUUUUGAGAAGACUGCUUGUAUUGAUUGAAAGGCAAUAAUUUUCCCAGAAAUUGUUUUCCAAGCAAAUUAACCAAAUUUUGCAAACCUUGCAAACAGUUGUCUUUCUUGCAAGUUUGCAGAAAGAUGGCAUUUAUCCCUUAUUUUAAGAUUUUUAACUAUGCAACUUAACUAAGACUUUCAACUAUGCAACUUAACUAAGACUUUCAACUAUGCAACUUAACUAAGACUUUGAACUAUGCAACUUAACUAAGACUCUGAACUAUGCAACUUUACUAAGACUCUGAACUAUGCAACUUUACUGAGACUCUGAACUAUGCAAUUUAAUUAAAACUGUGUUCUGUGUGACCUGAUAUUUCUGUUAGAUUCUGCAAUUCAAAUAUGAAGCUAGUUAAUGUAAGUACUCAUUUUGUAGGAUGUUCCCGAAUUUAAAAAGUUAUAUUUCGUUUGUACAUAUAUUACUAGUACUGGAAUCAGAAGAUUCUAUUCUAUGAAAGGAAUUCUCAAAUAGCAAUGAAUAAAUGUAUGUACAUGACUGAAAAAAAUAAUCCAAGAAUUCAUAUUAUAUUUCAUACCAAGGAACAUCUGAAAUAUGGCCUUAUUAUAAUUGCUAAUUUUCUAAAAUCGGUCUACAGUUUAUAUUGUUGAACCAUAUUCAAGAGAUUUAUUGGGUGUUUGUUGAAUGAAACAAAUAUCAUUUUGAGACUUUUUCAUAGUAAAUUCAUUUUAAUACUAAACAUGAAUUAUGUGUAUAAAUAGUAAAAAUAUUUUUAACUUGUUAUAGUUUUCUGUUAAUUAUUUAGACUGUUACUCUGAAAUUAAUGCUAUCAUGGUUUUCCUAUUGAAAUGAUUUUAUAGUCAAUUAGAAGUGUUUCUCUCUUAUGCAUUGGUAAUAUCUUUGAAUCCUCAUUGUCAUUUUUAGUAUUCUGAUAUUUUUAGCAAUUUCAUUUUUUUUCAUUGAUUUGCUUUCAAAAUGGUAAUAAUUUUAAUUCUAUGCAGUUGAUAUAUGCAAAGAAGUUACUCUUCAUGGAAACUAAGAUCCUGCGGUGAAGGGAAAUAAACCUUCGUAUCCAGUGUGUGGGGAAAGCUAAGUGGCUAUUUUUGUAUUUAGCCCAGCAUUUCACAACACAUCUUGUGUUGUUGGACACUUCUGUCCCCAACCUUUUUAUAAAGGUUCGGCGAAAUGCUUGCUUAUUAAAUGUUUUUGUCCCAUGUUAUUUUUUUUAAA